GCCGGGGUGGAUACUGGGUCAGGGGUUAGAGGUCGCGGAGGGAAGCUGGCUCUGUGGCCUCAGGGGAAUACCGAGGGCUCCUGUGAAGCUCCUGGGUGCUCGCUGCCUACGCUCUCGUACUGAGGCCUUGUGGCGAGCGGUCCCUCCAAGGAGCUUGAGCAUCGGGCGCUGACAGCCUGCUUCUUUCUUGAGGAUUACGGAAGGGGACCCUCCUGUACCUGCAACGUGCCCGCAGGAUCUGGCGCCGUUCAGAAUCUACAUGUACUAACCAAGAAAGUGAGAGUGUGAAGAUGAGCAGCCGAAGGAAGCGUGUUCCCCCAGUGAAGGUGAAUGAAGAAAGGCAACAGCAGCUUCACUGGGACAUGUAUGAAAACUUGAGGAAUGAGCCACUCACCUUUACUGUUGAGGAGCAGCCCUGCUCAGGUGCAGACUCCUCUUCCGAUUGCAUCAUCAUAGAUGAUGACCCUCCUGAAGGUGCAGUUCACAGAGAUAAGAAGAGGCGGUCAGAGGCUGUGAGCACCUUAGAAUCCACCAAAAAAGAGACCACUUUGUCUGUGACGAUGAAUGUUAAGAUUUCUCCCUAUCAUGCAGACCAUUCUUGGAAAGCGUUUCUGGGAGAUUUUGCUCUUCAGCUUCUCCCUGAAGAGAGUUUAGUUGAACAUUUCUCUGAAAGGAGUUUUACACUGAUAAGUUCAGAGUCAAGCAAUGAGUUCCUGAUCUAUGCUCAUUCAGAAUGUAAAGAUGUAGAGAAACAAGAAGAUGUACUCAAAGAGUCAGCCCAUGUUUGUGGUAAGGGUGUUCGAGUGGAAUCCUCCUUCACUAGUGACAUGUUACAGGAUUUGGCCUGGCUGCAGAUGAAAAAAGGAAUAAAACUCUAUCAGAGACCAGAAGGAAAUCAUACGAUCAAGGUUGGAAUUUAUAUCUUGGAAGCUGGCCUAACAAGACUAGAUUUUAUGAGUGAUGCAAGUUCAAGAAUGAAAAAGUUCAAUCAGCUUAUGAAGAGAGUGAUGGAAAAGUUACAUAAUUUUAUUAUUCCAGAUAUCCUUGAAGAUGAUAAUGAGGAUUCAGAGAGUGAGACAGAGGGUCAAGACAUUGAUGAGCUCUAUCACUUUGUGAAGCAAAAACACCUGCAAGAAACACAGUCAGUGCAAGUGGAUGUCCAGCACCCUGCAUUGAUUCCGGUGCUGAGACCUUACCAGAGAGAGGCAGUCAACUGGAUGCUUCAGCAAGAGCAUUUCAGAAGCGUUCCUGCUGCUGAUAACUCCCUGCACUUCUUAUGGCGAGAAAUUGUUACACCUGAUGGUUUGAAACUCUACUAUAAUCCAUACACUGGCUGCAUCAUUCGUGAUUUCCCGCAUGCUGGGCCACAGUUGCUUGGUGGAAUCUUAGCAGAUGAGAUGGGUCUCGGAAAGACCGUGGAAGUUCUGGCUCUGAUUCUGACACAUACUCGACAAGAUGUCAGACAGGAUGGUCUCACCCUUCCUGAGGGGAAAGUGGUGAAUUAUUUCAUCCCAUCUCAUUGUCCUAAAGGAAAGGUGAAAAAUAGAGAAAUCCAGGAUACAGAAUAUGAACCGAAAGAGAAAAUUCACUGCCCCCCUACACGUGUGAUGAUUCUAACAGCUGUGAAAGAAAUGAAUGGGAAAAAAGGAGUUUCUCUUCUUUCCAUCUAUAAAUAUGUCAGCUCUAUAUUCAGAUACGAUGUUCAGCGGAACCGGAGUCUUCUGAAGCGAAUGCUGAAGUGUUUAAUCUUUGAAGGUCUUGUGAAGCAGAUCAAAGGCCAUGGUUUCUCUGGUACUUUUACACUGGGCAAGAAUUACAAAGAAGAAGAUAUAUUUGAUAAAACAAAAAAGCAGGCAAUGGGGAUUCCAAGGAAGAUCCAGAAAGAGUUAAGGAAGUCAGUGAGCAAGGACACAGAUUCUGAAUACCUGCCAUCAUCCAACACUUCUGAUGAUGAUGAUGAUCCUUAUUAUUAUUACUGUAAGGCCAGAAAAAAUCGUAGUAAUUUGAAGAAAAAACCUGUUUUAGUCACUAAAAAGGAGAAGAGUCAGGCUUGCAGUUUGGAUUCUCAAGUUCACAUUCCAACUGCUGGAGACUCUGCAAGCACUGAUUCUCAUGUGUUGGAAAAUACUAGUGUCUAUGAAGAUAAGCAAAACCAGAAAGCAAAAGACCAUGCUGAGUCUCCAAACCCUGCUCCUGAGGACUUCCCACAUUCUAACAGUGCGGGUCCCUGUGAGACCUCUGAUUACCGUUUUGAGUGCAUAUGUGGUGAAUUUGAUCAGAAUGGCUGCAAACCAAGAGUUCAGUGUCUGAGGUGUCACCUGUGGCAGCAUGCGAAAUGUGUGAAUUAUGAGGAGAAGAAUCUGAAGGUUAAGCCUUUUUACUGCCCCCACUGCCUUGUUGCAAUGGAUCCAGUGUCAACAAGAGCAACUCUGAUUAUCUCUCCAAGCUCCAUUUGCCACCAGUGGGUGGAUGAAAUCAACCGGCAUGUGAGAUCAUCAUCUCUUCGAGUUUUGGUAUACCAAGGAGUGAAGAAAGAUGGCUUCUUACAGCCUCAUUUUUUGGCAGAACAAGAUAUAGUUAUCAUUACCUAUGAUGUUCUUCGUUCAGAACUAAACUAUGUCGAUAUCCCACAUAGCAAUAGUGAGGAUGGCCGUCGCCUGAGGAACCAGAAGCGCUAUAUGGCCAUUCCCAGCCCUCUGGUAGCAGUGGAGUGGUGGAGGAUCUGUCUUGAUGAGGCUCAGAUGGUUGAAUGCCCUACAGUAAAAGCUGCAGAAAUGGCCCAGCGUUUGAGUGGAAUUAAUCGGUGGUGCAUCAGUGGCACUCCAGUGCAGAGAGGAUUGGAGGAUCUUUUUGGACUGGUGGUCUUUCUUGGGAUUGAACCUUUCUGUGUCAAACACUGGUGGAUUCGACUUCUCUAUCAUCCAUAUUGCAAGAAGAAUCCUCAGCACUUAUUCAGUUUUAUUGCCAAGAUACUGUGGAGAUCUGCAAAGAAAGAUGUCAUUGACCAAAUCCAGAUUCCACCUCAGACUGAAGAAAUGCACUGGCUCCAUUUUUCCCCUGUGGAGAGACAUUUCUAUCACCGCCAGCAUGAGGUGUGCUGCCAGGAUGCUGUGGUAAAGCUCAGGAAGAUCUCUGACUGGGCCCUGAAGCUAAGCAGCUUGGACAGAAGGACUGUCUCCUCCAUCCUGUACCCACUGCUGAGGCUCAGGCAGGCAUGCUGCCACCCACAGGCUGUUCGUGGGGAGUUCUUGCCACUCCAGAAGAGCACCAUGACAAUGGAAGAGCUGCUGACAUCUUUGCAGAAGAAAUGUGCAACAGAAUGUGAAGAGGCCCACCGGCAACUAGUUUGUGCCCUCAACGGCUUAGCAGGCAUUCAUAUCAUUAAAGGUGAGUAUGCCUUGGCGGCAGAGCUAUACAGAGAAGUACUACGCUCAUCUGAGGAACACAAAGGAAAACUCAAAACUGACUCACUACAAAGACUUCAUGCCACACAUAACUUAAUGGAGCUGUUGGUAGCCAAACAUCCAGGGAUACCUCCUACCUUGAGAGAUGGCAGACUUGAAGAAGAGGCCAAGCAGCUUCGGGAACAUUAUAUGACUAGGUGCAAUACAGAAGUUGCUGAAGCCCAGCAAGCUUUGCAGCCUGUGCAGCAGUCUAUACGGGAGCUCCAAAAAAAGAUUCACUCUAAUUCUCCCUGGUGGCUGAAUGUAAUCCAUAAAGCAAUGGAAUUUUCUGUUGAUGAGGACCUUGUUCAGCGGGUGCGAAAUGAAAUAAUCAGUAACUACAAGCAACAAACUGACAAGCUCUCUAUGUCAGAGAAGUUCCAUGACUGCAGAGGUCUUCAAUUCUUACUCACAACGCAAAUGGAAGAGCUCCUUAAAUUCCAGAAGCUAGUGAGGGAGGCUGUGAAGAAGCUAGAGAGACCUCCAUCCCGUGAUGUGAUUGAAUCUGCAACAGUCUGCCACUUGCGGCCAGUUAGACUCCCUCUCAACUGCUGCGUCUUUUGUAAAGCUGAUGAACUGUUUACAGAGUAUGAAUCAAAGCUAUAUUCUAACACAGUCAAAGGCCAGACUGCAAUCUUUGAAGAAAUGAUAGAAGAUGAAGAAGGACUUGUGGAUGAUAGAGUACCUACCACUACCAGAGGCCUGAGGGCAAUAAGUGAGACAGAGAGAUCUAUGAAAGCAGUAUUGUCAUUUGCAAGAUCACAUAGGUUCGAUGUUGAAUAUAUAGAUGAAGGAAGUGUUUCAAUGGAUCUCUUUGAGGCAUGGAAGAAGGAAUAUAAGUUACUUCAUGAAUACUGGAUGACUCUGAGAGAUCGCGUGUCUGCUGUUGAUGAACUUGCAAUGGCUACAGAGCGACUAAGAGUACGCCAUCCUAAGGAGCCAAAGCCAAACCCACCUGUCCAUCACAUCAUUGAACCUCAUGAGGUAGAACAGAAUCGUAUAAAACUGGUGAAUGAUAAAGCCGUUGCUACAUCACAGCUUCAGAAAAAACUUGGACAGCUUCUUUACCUAACAAAUUUGGAGAAGUCUCAAGAUAAAACAUCAGGAGGUAUUAAUCCAGAACCUUGUCCGAUCUGUGCUCGACAGCUGGGAAAGCAGUGGGCAGUACUGACCUGCGGACACUGCUUCUGUAAUGAAUGCACUUCUAUUAUAAUUGAACAGUACAGUGUGGGGUCUCAUCGAAGCUCCAUCAAGUGUGCUAUCUGCCGUCAGACUACAUCACACAAAGAAGUCUCCUAUGUCUUUACCUCAGAGAAAGCAAACCAAGAUGAUGACAUCCCUGUAAAGGGUAGCCAUUCUACAAAAGUUGAAGCUGUGGUCAGAACUCUGAUGAAAAUACAGCUUGGAGAUCCAGGGGCCAAAGCACUCGUUUUUUCAACGUGGCAAGAUGUGUUAGAUAUUAUUUCAAAAGCCCUCACAGACAACAACAUGGAAUUUACACAGAUUAGUCGCAUUAAGACAUUCCAGGAGAACCUUUCAGCAUUUAAACAUGAUCCUCAAAUCAAUAUUUUGCUGCUGCCACUUCACACGGGCUGUAAUGGGUUAACUAUCAUUGAAGCCACUCAUGUCCUUCUGGUGGAGCCUAUCCUGAACCCUGCCCAUGAGCUUCAGGCCAUUGGAAGGGUGCACCGAAUUGGACAGACAAAGCCUACUAUUGUACAUAGAUUCUUAAUUAAAGCAACAAUAGAAGAGCGAAUGCAGGCAAUGCUGAAAACUGCUGAGAGGAGUCACUGGCGCUCCUGGCCUUGCUUUCUCACUGUGCCUCUGGAAAUCUUGCAGCCACACAAGCUCAUCUGGGAAGCAUUCUGAAGCCUCUGUGUUGACUGUGGCCGACCUGGCAGACCUGUUUACCAAAGACACAGAAGAGCUUGAAUGAAGGCCAUGGAAUCAUUUCACGGCCUUUAAUAUAAGACAUUCGUAGUUGUGAGUUAAAAACAAAAUAUUCAGUAAAUGUUAGCAAGUAUUUCAAGGUGAAUGUUUUUUUUUUUUAUUUGUACAUUAGCCUAGUAAUAACUGGCAAUGGUUCCUUUUCAAUAUAUUGAUUUCAGAACAUGUACACUGAUUUUUAAUUUUACAUUCCUACUCAAACAUUUACUUUUUGUUCCAAUGAAUUUUAUAACUGAUAAGACAGGGGAAUUAAGGUCUGUAUUGAGUACUUUUCCAUUAUUGGAUAGACAUUUGUAAUAAUAAGAUAAUAUACAAGACAGAAGGUAAACUAGUCUAGUUUUGUAUGACCUGAUAUAUCCAUCCAAUGUAGAUCACAUUUUUGGAAGGGCCUUUAGCAUUUUUAGCAUAUGAUUAACCAUUAUCUUCUCAGUAACAUUUUAAGAUAAUGGUAAACUAUAUUUAUAUGCAUGAGUUUAAACUGUAACACUAUCAUUGGAACUUUACAGUACGUAGUACAUCUCCUAGUGAUAAAUUGUUAGGCAGUUAUUUUGCUGUUUGUGUUUUCCUACUAAAAGUUAAAAUACUAAAAAAAUACAUUUUUCUAUUAGGUGUUACAGUAGUAUUAUUUUUAGUGUAUUAACAUUUACCUUAGGAUUGAACCAGGAGGAGAGAAGGGAGAGGCUAUGACCAGGAUAUAAAUUGAAUAAAUUAAAAUUUAAAAAAAAUAACAUUUUCCUUAUAAUGAUAUGUUUGAUUUUUUAGUAAAUCUUUAUGUGUUUUAAGAUGGGUGUAUCUGUAAAUACAGCUUUUAAAAAAAUCAUCAUUGUACUGAUGUCUUAGACUGUAUUUCCUUCAUGUGUUCCUGUAACUAGUCAUUUUAGCCAAUAGUAUCUAAAGUUACAAGAGUUUAUUCAUUUCAGUUACUCUGUCCUAGGGGGGCUAGUGUUUGAUCUUGCUGCAAGAGAAUGCUGUGCUCACACAUGCAUGUGACUAACUGUAAAUGAUUAAACUGUCUCUUCUUCUGUGAAGAAUUAAUAGAUGAUUUUGAAAUCUUAAAAUAAGUUUGUGUAUUCUAGCUCUGUGAUAUAAUAUAAAUGAUAAAUGUUCUUAUUUCCUUUUCUUUAAGUUUUUGGAGAUUUAAGUGACCCUCAGAAUUCAUUAGCUCCUACUUAACUGCCCAGAAAUUGUACUAGAAACAGUCCUUGGGUCCCCUUCAUCCAGGGAGCUCUGGUGCUUAAGCUAAGGUGCAUUUUCCUACUCCAGGUAACAGUUCAACUGAUGAAGACACAUUUUGGGUGCUUACUCUUUAGUUGAAGGGAGAUAUGCAUUGAUUCUUUUAAAUGAAAUCAAACAUAAUUUUACAGCUCUUUUACAUCCAUGAAGAGCUUCUCUGUACAUUCAUGUUAACUAAUAUUAACAUAAUAUUAACUAAAUAGUCCCAACAAUCCUGUGAAGUAGAUAAAAUUAAUAUCAUUAGUAUUUUAAAGGUAAAGAACUAAUGAUCAGAAAAUAAGAAACUUACCUGGGACAUGUAGCAUAGGACAUGGAGCUCAGGCCCGCUGGCUUCAUAUCUACUGUUCUUCCACCAAAUCAAUUCUAUGCUGAGAUUCAGAAGCCUUGUGGCUAUAAUUUAAUAAUGAGAUUGUUUAAGUACUUUUUUUGUUUCCUAGUAUUAUUUCAUGUGCUAUGUUCUAGAGAAAACAAUUUGAUAUGCUUCAAUUAAAAUGAUAUAUAGAUAUCUAUACUUAUCAGUAUUAGAAGAAAGCUACUCUCAUUUAUUUCAGUAACACACCUCAUUUAAAUAAAUAUUUUAGUGAAAAAUGAAA